CCUGGCCCGCCCCGGCUCCGGUGGCGCUUUCGCGCAGGCGUUGCACCUGGCGCCCUCUUCGGGGCUCCCCGUCUCCAGGACAACCGGCCUCGCCGCGGCGCCUCUGCCAUGGUUUUCUCAAAUAACGAUGAAGCCCUUAUUAACAAAAAACUACCCAAAGAACUUCUGUUAAGAAUAUUUUCUUUCUUGGACAUAGUUACUUUGUGUCGAUGCGCACAAGUUUCCAAGGCAUGGAAUGUUUUAGCUCUGGACGGAAGCAAUUGGCAAAGAAUAGACCUCUUCAACUUUCAAACAGAUAUAGAGGGUCGAGUUGUGGAAAAUAUAUCGAAAAGGUGUGGUGGGUUCCUGAGACAACUUAGUCUGAGAGGAUGUCUUGGUGUUGGAGACUCCUCCUUAAAGACCUUUGCACAGAACUGUAGAAACAUCGAACAUUUAAAUCUAAAUGGGUGCACAAAAAUCACUGACAGCACGUGUUACAGUCUUAGCAGAUUCUGUUCCAAGCUGAAACAUCUGGAUCUGACAUCUUGUGUAGCCAUCACAAACAGCUCUUUGAAAGGCUUAAGUGAGGGUUGCAGAAAUCUGGAACAUUUGAAUCUUUCCUGGUGUGAUCAGAUUACGAAGGAUGGUAUUGAAGCACUGGUGAAAGGGUGUAGUGGACUAAAAGCUCUAUUUCUUAGAGGUUGCACACAGUUAGAAGAUGAAGCAUUGAAACACAUUCAAAAUCACUGUCAUGAACUGGUGAUCCUGAAUUUGCAAUCCUGUACGCAAAUUUCAGAUGAAGGCAUUGUCAAAAUCUGUAGAGGAUGCCACAGACUUCAAUCACUCUGUGUUUCAGGCUGUAGCAACCUGACAGAUGCUUCUCUCACAGCACUUGGUCUAAACUGUCCAAGGCUGAAGAUUUUGGAAGCUGCAAGAUGUUCACAUCUUACAGAUGCUGGUUUUACCCUUUUAGCACGGAAUUGCCAUGAGCUGGAGAAGAUGGACUUGGAAGAGUGUGUUUUGAUAACUGACAGCACAUUGAUACAACUUUCUAUACACUGUCCUAAGCUACAAGCAUUGAGUUUAUCUCACUGUGAACUGAUCACUGAUGAUGGGAUUCUGCAUCUGAGCAACAGUACUUGUGGUCAUGAGAGGCUGCAGGUCCUGGAGCUUGAUAACUGUCUCCUCAUCACUGAUGUGACACUGGAACACCUGGAGAACUGCCACAACUUGGAGAGAAUUGAGCUGUAUGACUGCCAGCAAGUGACACGAGCUGGAAUCAAGCGGAUCAGAGCUCAUCUACCUCAUGUGAAAGUUCACGCUUACUUUGCUCCAGUAACUCCCCCGCCAUCAGUAGGAGGGAGCGGACAGCGCCUCUGCAGAUGCUGUAUCAUUCUCUGACAGUAAGUGCAACCACACAGCAGAUUUCAUUGUUGAUGUUGAAGAGAAUGGGACUGCAAGGCAGUGGAAGGAGUUGGUUUCCUGACAGUCCUAACGGUGGUGUUUGGUCAUCCAGUUUUGUGACAAGAAAAGCGUUUUUUUUCCAGGUAAAACUUACCAUAAUGUGCAGCUGUGGAUUAAGUUGGUGAUGCUUCA